AUGAAAUAUGGGCCGGAUCUCUUAAGUGGGCUUCAUAUCUCGAAACAUAAUGGACCACAACGACUGAGCCCCCUGAUCCCGAUCCACGACCUUCCCGCCUCUACCAUACCCCAUGUGCGGGCUGAGGCCCAACCUUUCAAUCGGCCCAGACACCGUAGGGCUCCUACAGACAAAACCCGACCCAUCUUUCACCCGUCCGUCAUUAAUGGGCCGGCCAGGGCCCAUUGGGCUCCAAUCCGGAUACACGGCCCUCUCCCUCAUUAUCAUUCCCCCAUCCAGAGGCCCAGAAACACUAUUUGGGCCCAUGCUGCACCUUUGCUGCUGCAUCAUCCUCUUAUCCAGUGGGCCCGACCACAUCGCGUUCCUACCAGGGCCCACAUUGACUCUCUUGAGGGCCCCACUCCAAUGGUUCCGCUUGAGUAUUUCGAGCCUGUGUUUGGCCACGAAGAUUCCGAGGCUUUGAAGGAACUCGUGGUUGAAGUUAGGUCCUCGAGUUGGAGCUCGUUUCGGAUGAGAGCUUGCCCGUAUUCGUACGCGAGCGAUGGCUCGAGGCUUGUUUUCGAUAGCCAUGAGCACCAAUCCAUGGCAUUUGCACUUGGAGUUCUUCAUAGAGCCGCAGCCAAUUGGGAUGUUCCUCAAGGCAUCGCCUUUGGUCCAACACCUCCAACAACUCUUGCAGAAAUGGCCGGGCUCAUAGAUCAUAUAAAAACAACUAUCAAGUAA